UUUUACAUGAACUUCUCCGUUCUGCCUGCUGCUUUCAAACAACAAACUUUUUUCUUUUUUCAGAUCUUGAAUUGCACUCAGGUCAGUUAGUUUUAUGAUUUAAGCCCUAAAACCGAAUUGCUUUGUAUCUGCCAAAGUGGCUGUCAUAUCAAACUUUAACUUUAAUCAUUAAAAUCCUCCCAUCACCACCACAAGAGUAUAUAAAGCCUAAAGUGAAACUAUUUGACAGACGUGGUUAUUCUGUAUCUUUCCUGCUGACUUUUGUCUAUUAAACAAGUAAAAUGAGUGCAAAAAGAGUUCAUGAACAUGAUGAAGACCCUAAUAUAAUUUUCACCAAACGCCUACGGGGAGGAAAACACCCAAUAGAUUUCAAUGUUUCAAGUGACAUAAAUAGAAACUUAUGCAGGAAAGAGACAUGGGAAUGUAAAAUGGAAACCUCCAAAAAACCAAGUGUGCAACUUCUCUCAGCUAAUAUUGAUUUGGUAGACACAAUAAAUAUAAUCGACACAUUUGACAGAGCAAAAGACACCACAAAAGAGGGCAAAUAUGCUCGACGUGGAAAAUAUAAGUCAGGUGGUAAAGACGAACCAGGGAAGAGACUGCCUAAAUCUGGUGUUUACGCAGAAGCAGGAGUUGGUCGAGCUCGUGCUGAACUCAGUGUAUUAGAAGCAGAAGCCAAAGGACCAAACGUCACAGCCGGUGCCGAAGCAAAUGCGACUGGAGUCGCCGCAAUGGCUCGGGCUGAAGUUGCCAGUGCAUCGGCCAAAGCCGGUCCAGUUGGUGUGAAGGUUGGACUUGGAGUCGAUACGGGUGCAUCUGUUGGUCUGAAUGGUGUGGAGGUAAAAGUCCUGGGAACUGGAAUCUCAUUUGGUCCAAAAACCAGCGUUUCUCUUUUAGGUUCGGAAGUGUCGUGUUCAGUCAUGUAGUCUUACAGAUAUUAUCUUUGACUGUUUGCACGUAACACAGUUUACUGCAGCGACACUAAAACUUUAAAACGGAAUUAAAAACAAGAAAAACCCUUAACCUAAUUUUUCUGCUAAUAAAGUAUGAUAUCAUUAUACAGCAAUCAAGCAAUAUGCCAUAAUUUAAUGUUUUAGUUCUCUGCAUGUUAUAACUUUAUAUUUUAAUUUUGUUGAUACACUGUGUAUUGCAUCAGCUACAUGGUUAAAAUGACAAUAAAUCUUCUUGAACCUUGUUUGCUUCUGCACAAUAAGGUGUGGGGCACUAACAAAUCCAGCCCUAUUCUCUCUGUAUUCUGCUGUUGAUCUACUAAAAAUAGGAUACGUUU